CUCAGCCGUGAGAAGCAUUCGGGGAGGGCAGCCUCGGCAGGUGUCAGGUACAAGGGAGUAGCUGAACAUCUGGGACUGUCUCACAUCUCCGGACUGAUGACCAUGACCGGAACGCCAGAUCAGAUACCGAAAAAUUUUAGGAUCUGAUCCAAAAAUGAAGUUCUCCGAGUGCCCGUCCUCACGAGUAAAGUCGUGGUCGAUGUCCUUGGCUUCCAUCAUUUCACUCACCUUCAUCUUCCUCUUUGUGUAUUUGACGUUGACCGACGUGACAGAAGAGGCCCACCUACGCCGGUUACCCAAGGAGGCCACCUGUCCAGAGUCAAUGCCGAAUGGACCAAACCAUUCUACGUCUAAUGCCUCUGGUGGUGGCAUCUUCUUCUUGGAGACCUCGGAGAGGAUUAGUCCAUCCUUCCAAGCAAUGUGCGCAGUGGAGUCUGCGGCUCGAGCCAACCCCCACACGAAUAUAACCAUAAUGAUGAAUGGGUUGACGGGCAACAAUAAGUCACUACCACAAAAUUUUGGCAUUUCUUUUCUCAGUUGCUUCUCGAAUGUAAAGUUUGUUCCUCUAGAUUUCAAGGCCCUGUUUUCGGACACGCCUCUAAGCACAUGGUACUCCAAAGUAGAAAGUCACUGGGAGUUAGCGGACUACCCUACUCUCUCGGAUGCCUGUCGGCUGGCCAUCCUCUGGAAGUGGGGCGGCAUUUACCUGGACACCGACUUCAUUAUCCUCAAGAAUUUACAGACGCUCACCAAUGCGAUGGGCCUACAGUCAUUGUAUACCAUUAAUGGAGCGUUCCUCACCUUCCAACCCCACCACAAGUUCAUUGAGGUUUGCAUGAAGGACUUUGUGAACACCUACAACUACUGGCUGUACGGACAUCAAGGUCCUCAGCUUCUGACUCGGGUCUACAAGAGGUGGUGCGGGAUCCGUAGACUGAGGGACAAGAGCAGCUGCCGAGGGGUGAACGUUCUUCCCACGGAAUCCUUCUAUCCGGUUUACUGGCAGGACUGGAAAAAGUACUUUGAGGUGAUCGAGCCCAAAGAGAUAAAGAAGUUGUUGAGGAACAGCUAUGGGGUACAUCUCUGGAACAAAAAAAGUCACGGCAAACAUAUGGAGGAGGGGUCGUUUUUGGAACAUCUCCAGCUGAAGUACUGUCCUACAACAAACAGUUUUAUGAAGAUGUAUCUUUAAAGGUCAAAGACGUUGCUACAUUGGGACAUUAAUCACAACUAAGUGGUCGGACACCUACAUACAUAGCCCUUGAGGUUGUGCGGUCUUAUGUUGACCCCCAUACUUCAGCCCAUUGGUCCAAGCAAACAGUGGAGAGGAUUACGUCUGGUGCUCAUUGACCGAGGGUCGUUUAUCCCACUGCAGGUCCCCGGGACUGUCCCAUCCCACAUCUAUUUAUAGAUGGACACGAAUUCCUUGUUUUGAAUUCUACCUCAUUCAUAUUCAAGAAUGUCCAAGCUUUAUUAACAAGUACAGCUCAUUUCACAUGCUAUGGCUCUUAUGGGCGAGGAACGGGCCGAGACUCUUUACGUCACAAUCUUCUGUUACAGUUAGAGGCUCAUUUUAGGGCAGCUGAAAAAGAAACUAUGUAACCUUAAAGGGUUAUUAAACAGUUUGCGAAAAUUCACAUACUGCAUGAUGGUUAGAAAAAGAAGG